AUUUCCUUCCAACUCCAAAUUCAUAUUCGACAAUAAAAUUUUUUCAAAUUUCUACGAAUAUAUGGAAAACAAAUACACAACAGUACACUUGGAUGACUUGAUAAAAAAAUAUACAUUAACUAAUUAUCGUUAAUGUCAUAAUAAAAAAAAUGUCAUAAAGAUUACUUUGAAAUAAUGAAUUUAAUAUUUUAAAAAAUCUCAAAUUAUUUAAAAGUAUGAAGAAAUUAAUCAACUAAAAUAAAACAAAAUUUAUCCGACCAACGAGCCGGGUAAAAGCUAGUUUUUUUAUAGGAACCAUUGUUUUGAGUUAACUUGAACCAAAUCCAAGACAAUAUGGAUUCAAGAUUAUAAUUAACUUAAUUAAGUUUUACAGUUGGCUAAAAUAAAAUUAAGCUCUACAUUUAUCUUCCCGCCAAAAUUAAUUUUGCCCGCCACCAAAUCCAAUUUCGCGCAUUUUCCUUCUCCUCACGCCGCCUUUCAUUUAUUUCUCCCACACCGCUUCAGUUCACCGCCCACUCUUAGUACUGUUUCUCUGCCGCCGAGCCUCUCAAAAUCAAUGGCUUCGAAAGCUAAAAUGACGGAGUACGAGCGCAAGCGGCUGGAAAAUAUCCGCCGGAACGGCGAGAUGAUGGCCGCUCUCAAAAUCCAGUCCAAAGCUUCUCUGCUCUCCCAAUCUGCCAAGCGCCAGAGAGUCGGAGCUGUGCAGUCGAAGUCGUACAAACUGAGUCCGGAGAAGAAAUUGAAACCCAACUCGCCUGUAGUCAUCCGGCGCUCGCUCAGAAGCCGAGGGCUGCCGCCGGAGGGCGUAGACGGCGUCCUCUCCGACGAUCCUCCCUGCGAAACCCUUAAAAUUUCCAGUAAGGAGAAGGUCUCGCCGCGUGUAUUAGGUCCCCUGAGCAUGACCGACGCCCACGACGGCGCUGGAUCUAACGGGACACUGAUUUCCACUCUGUUAUCCAUCGAUACAAAACCCCAUAUGAGUCCUCCGGUCAAGGAGGAACAUGCCGGAGGAGAUGUGGUGAAGAAGGAGAGUAUCCAACCGAGGGAUUCGUUCAAUUCGGAGAGAGUCAAAACUGAAGGUUUUGAUGAGGGAAUUAAGCAAGAGAAGAAGGGAGCUGUGAGCCUGCUUGAUUUGGGUUCGAUGAGAUUGGAAACUGAUAACAUUGCUAGGGUAGUUCCAGGGAGGAUAAUGAGUGUAGAGUUUCUACCUUGUACGGAUUUGAGGAUGGUUGUAGUGGGAAACAAACUGGGCAAUGUUGGGUUCUGGAAUAUGGACAGCAAGGGAGGUGAUGAUCAUCACAACGGGAUACACUUGUAUAGACCUCAUACCGGGCCGAUUUCUGGGAUUGUGUUUCAAGAGUCCUCCUUCUCUAAGAUCUUUUCAAGUUGCUACGAUGGCUACAUUCGGAUGAUGGAUGCCGAGAAGGAAGUGUUUAAUCUCGUGCACCACACCGAUGAGGCUAUAUUUUGUCUGUCUAAGCCACCAAAUGAAGACAAGUGCUUAUAUUUUGGUGAAGGUCGGGGAGGGUUAACUGUAUGGGAUGAGAAGAUGGGGAAAGCUUCAUUCCAGUGGUUUCCUCAUGAGGACAGGAUCAACACCAUUCAUUUCAGUCCAAUGAACACUAACAUCAUGGCUACCGGUUCGACCGAUGGGACUGGGAGGAUUUGGGAUUUGAGAAAUGUCGGUUCGAGUCAGCCCAAAUGUUUGAAGAUGGUCAGCCACAACAGGGCUGUUCAUUCUGCUUACUUCUCACCCUCUGGCUGCUCUCUUGCAACUUCAAGUUUGGAUGAUUACGUGGGGAUACAUAACGUGAGCAAUUUUGAUGAUGAUUCUGUGACUAUGAUACCCCAUUAUAACCAGACUGGCAGAUGGCUCUCUACAUUCAGAGCGUCAUGGGGCUGGGAUGACUCCUACGUUUUCAUAGGCAACAUGAAAAGAGGAAUCGAUGUGAUCUCCCCUGGUGAGAAAAGUGUAGUUAUGACCUUGGAAAGCCCUGACAUGACGGCAAUCCCUUGCAGAUUCGAUGCCCAUCCUUUUCAGGUUGGAAUGCUUGCCGGAGCGACCAGCGGCGGUCAGGUUUAUGUAUGGACCUCUAGUUAGGCAAAGAUUGCAACUUUAUUUCCUUUUUGGUUCGUAUGAAGAGCUUGUUUCUUCUUCAUGGUUGUUUGAUGUAAUUCGGAAGAGUAGAUUUUUCUGUAUAAUGGUUAGAGAUUGUUAGAAGUCAAUAGCUGGUUUUGUUUACCAUUAGGAUCUUGCAGCUGUUGACUUGCUUGUUUAUGGGAAGAUUAUUUCCAUCCAGCUUGAUCUCAAUUAUCUUGUGAAUCAAUUUCUAUUUAUGUGAUGCGUUUCGCGAGGCUUUGCAAUGGUGUCUAUCGCAUCGGUUAUUUUCGUUGAAUGUUUAUGGUGUUGGUCAAGUGGUCAUUCGUCAGAGUGGAGUGGAAAUCGGAGUACAUGUGUGGUGCUUCUUCUCUUACUUUGUAUAGGUUGAACAAGACUGUUUAUGUAAUUGAAAUACUCGAGUUGAUAAUCGGACUUACUGCUUGAUUAUCGUAAUCAGGGGCGAAGGGAGAGAGUUAGAGGGUGGGUCCCGGGACCCACCCUGGCUCGGGUUAGAAAAUGGUCAAUUAGGUACAAUAGUUAAUUGGGUAUGAAAAAUAAUACGUAUUUAAAUGAAAUUGGUAGACCUUU